AUGGCCCCCAUCAAGAACACCACAAUCGUCAUCUUCGGCGGAAGCACCGGCAUCGGCUACGGCGUCGCCGACAAAUGUCUCUCCGAAGGCGCCAUUGUGCACAUCUCCUCCUCUAACCCCUCCCGCAUCACUCAAGCCGUGUCCUCCCUGAAGGAAAAGUACCCCGCCGCGCAAGUAACAGGCCACACCUGCGAUCUCUCUUUCCCGGACGUCGAGGACCGCCUCCACAAACUCUUCGAGGAAAUCGGCUCUUGCGAUCACAUCGUCUACACCGCCGGGGACGCCUUGGCCGUCAAACCGCUCAAGGACGUCGAUCUGCAGUUCGUCCAGAAGGCUGGUCACAUCCGCUUCGUUCUCCCGGUGCUUAUCGCUAAAUUUGCCCUGCGGUUUUUGAAGCCGGGGUAUACCUCGUCGCUGAUCUUGACGGGCGGCGCCGUCGCGAACCGGCCGCAGCCGGAUUGGGCUGUCAUUGCGGGGUAUUCGGCUGGGUUAUAUGGCAUGGUGCAGGGUCUGGCGUUGGAUAUGAAGCCGCUGCGGGUGAAUUUUGUUAGUCCUGGGCCUGUGAAGACAGGGUUGUUUUCGGAUGAGGUGGCGGAGUUCCUGGCGACGAGGACCACGCUGGGGAAGGUGGGGAGUGUGGAGGAGGUGGCGGAGGCGUAUGUUUAUCUGAUGAAGGAUACAAACGCGACAGGAAGCUGUGUGAGCUCGAAUGCGGGGUCUUUGUUGGUCUGA